CCACCUCACCAUUGACCAUUACACUGGACAGUUGGUUUGUUGACGUUGAAGCGCGCGGUAGACAUCUGCCUGUCUUGUACCCUUUCUCCGUUUUAACACGAGGAUUUCACCAGUUGGAAGGACCAAAGGAUCCUGCAAGUAUGACGGAUUCUCGUGGAAAAUACUCGAGGGCUCUCGCGCCUAUGGCAUCCAAAGGUUUUCAAGGAAUACCCGUGAAAAACAUAACCUUAGUAACACCUGCCAACGCUUGCGCUAACUCAUACAACCCUGCUUUGACUCCCCUUCAAAUGACUUAUCAGAGGAAGAUUUGGAAGAAAUGGAGACACCAUACUCACACCUUUCAGCCAAACCAUUUAGUCUACCAGUAAACACUACCAAUAUGUAUCAACUGAAACCCCUCAAGGAUCCGGACGCUGAGGAAUUUCCACCCACUCGGAACCCAUCAGAAAUUGGGGAUGACGAUUCAAGCCUGCCUGGAGGUGGGUCCACUAAGCCUGAUGUCGAUAGUGUAGAUGGGGCUGUAAAUGGCAUUGAUGACGGUCUUUUGCCAGAAAAACCAUCUCAUCCUUAUCCAAAACCAAGUCUAGACCCCAAAUUUCAUGGAGAGUACCCACCUUCGUCCAUUCCAGAAAUUCCAUUUGGGCUUGGUCCAACUCCUGAAGUGCCUGAUGUGAAUGUGUACCAACAUAAGAAAACUGUUGCUCAAGGGAUGAUGGACAUAGCUUUGCUCUCAGCUAAUGCAAACCAGAUGCGUUAUGUCUUAGAGAGUGGUGGAAAUCAUCCUUAUUACUAUGUGAGCAUAACUCUCAUCGGCAUAAGCCUACUCUUGCAGGUGGCUGUUGGUGUUGGCCUUAUUUUAAAUAGCCGGUAUAAUGUGUCCUAUGAAACAAGUAUGCGUAAGGCCAACCGCAUAAAUAAUUACACUGUCCUCGCAAUUUUUCUCAUCACAGUAAUGAAUGUCUUCAUCUCAGCUUUUGGUAUUGCCUCUGUGAGCUCACCUGCAUUUCCUCCUUCUCCUCGCAUUGAAGAGGGGGGUGGUCCUGAAAUUGAACUUAGAGAUUAACCCAACAUUAUCACGUUGAGUCCCAUAUGACCAUCAAUAUGGCUGUUAUACAAUACAUGCAUUGUGGGGGAACACUCAGCUGGGAUUCAACAUAACUUCUGUUUUAUAAAUACCUAUUUAUUAGUUUGUAGAUGCCACUAAUCUUGGACUUUCUUCUACAUUUAUAAUAACCAGAUGAAGCAUUUACUGCUUUAAAAUGAAGCUGCUCAUGGGUGCUAUGCAAUAUUAUUUAUAUGGAUGGUUUGUUAAUCUAGGUUUUACAUCUAUAUCUGUGAUAUUUUUAACCAUUGUGCUCUUCUUUAGUAUUAAUGUGUACUGUUAUGUAUUGUGUUUCAUCUCUCAUGUUUGAAAACUUUUCAACUACCUGCCCUAAUACUCAAUCUCAGCUGCUCAACUUUAUUUUCUUUCUUUGUUUUCUUGAUGGCGUCUCUGUGUCUUUCGUUCACUGAUUAAUGUCUCAAAAACUGCCAAUUUCUUUUCAGAUCUUUAUGGAUGUAAUACUCAGUAGAAGUAAGUUAAGUUUAAGCAUAGCAAGCUAAUUUAUUUUAUUUUGCUGUUCUCAGAUAUUUUUAUUUUUGUUAUAUUUUUGACCAUAGGUGCAUAAAUUGUUUGGUUGUAAAGUGCACUACAUCUAGCACUUUUGCUAUGUGGGUUUUGAUUUUGUCCUUAACUCUAUGUUGUCUUUUAAUGUCACAAUUUGUGUUCUUCUUAAAGCGGCAAUGUCUUUGCUUUUUUUUGAAGUGUUUGUAAUGUAUCUCAUUGAAGACGGGUAAUACAUAUGCUCUCUGUAGUGCCCCCUGUUAUAAUAAUUGUAGUAUUGUAUUGACCCUACCUAUCAGCUAUUGGCGGUUGCACCUUUAUAGAUUAAAUUUCAUGUUUUGUAGAAAUAAUAUUUUGUUAACAAAUAUUUAUGACAUUGUAUUAUGACACUGUAUUAUGCAGAUUUGUCAAUUGAUAUUAAUUUACUAAAAUGACUAAGAUGUGAUUGUUGUACCUCAAAAUAAAGAAAAAAAUAUUUUGUUUA